UCACUAUUUUCAUUCCAUUAAUUGAAGUUGGUAAUUUGUGAAAAUGCGGAGUUCUCUUUCGUGUUUCUUGUUUGUCAUAUCUAUCUCUUUUGUCUCGUGUUCCUUAGCACUUUUCGAGUUGAGUACGAAAGUAACGAAUCUACUUUCAGAAACUAUUGACACUGAUAACAGUACACAAAAAUUGGUACUAUUAAGACUAGAUGGCAUAACUGUUGAAAUUAAUGACAUAAUUGGACAAAUUGGACGAAUGGAAAAAUAUCGAAAAUGGAAUAUUAUUAGCAGAAUGUUAAGAAAUUUACCGGUGAUAAAUGACCGCAAAUCAACGUUACAAGACAUUCGUGUGUCACAGAUUUAUCUAAAUAAUUAUUACAGAACUAUGGAAAAAUAUGUACGGGAUGCUGAUGAAUACAAUUCUACAGCAGUAUUAGAUUUUGCUAAUAAAGUAUUAUCCGAUUCUGAAAAUUCUGUUUCUUCUUUAGUUGACUUGCUGUAUCAAAAAGUGCUAGAUGAAGGUUUUGUAGAAAAUUUGGUGAACGAGAUACAACCCAACGACAACUAUUACUGCAGGGAAAGACAAUCCACCGCUGAGAUAUUACACACAUUUAUGAAUGAAGUUCAAACAAUGAAUAUAAAAAGUUUUAUUACAGUGCAUGCAGCAUACAAGAUCAAAGAAAUAUAUUCAAACACAAGAGAGAGUUUCAAGAAAGAAAUAGUAAAUGGUAAUAAAAAUUUCCAGACUAGGACUAGUAAACUAUUGUCCGCUCUGAAACCCUACAUAGGAAGAGCCUCUUUAGAAUUACGAAGAUGCGAUCCCCAACCUUACAUAUACGGCGAAACUUACGUGGAAAUUAGAAAUUUUUUUCAUGGAAUUAUAAUAAAUAAAGUGAACUUGGACCCUAAUGGCAGCUGUAAAAAAGAAUGCAACUUUUAUUCUUAUACAAAACAUUAUAACUGUGGCAGUAAUGAGUGGUGUAGAAAAGAAACAACAUGUUCCAAAGUGAUCGAUUGCCAGUACGUAGAUUCAUCGAUGGAAGUGUGUCCCUCUAAAAUGCACACAACCAACAGAAGAUACGAAUACGUCAAACUAGGAAAUGGAAGGGUUUUGGGGAAAGAGAAGCCUUGCAGCACUCAUGUAACUUCUCUUGAAACUUAUAGAAAUUCGGUUUUUUGGAAAUGCUCCUAUUGUUUCUGUUUAUGUGAUGAAGGACGAAAAUUUUAUACACAAAACCACAUAAAUAUGCGACCAGUCGAGUCGCACAUUCAUCGCAAUAUGGUUGUAACUGGUUUGCGUUUGGUUGAGCACAACCGCAUUAUUCAUUUACAAAUACAAGAAGGUAAACUUGUUUCGAAUGGUCAGAUUGACCCUAAAAUUGUCCAGUGGCUGCCACCUGAGGACUACGAAAUCACCCAAAGUACGUACGCCAAUGGUGAGGAUUAUCACACACUUUCAUGGGAAAAGAGAGAUUUGCAGCUGGUUGAUGUAAUGGCUGAAGAAGGAAAUGUUGUGACUGGUGUUGGGUUCAAACUUGUUGGAAACAAUUUACGUCUGCGAAUUUUUACAAGCCCUUUUAAUUUUACUACUGGUGAACUUACCAAAACAUUUAAAGAAGUUCUAGAAAAUUCAACGAAAAUUGGCUCUCAACUGAAUAUGAAUGCAGUCGAUAUUCCUACUCGUUCAAAUUGGCCUUUAAAUCAGUUUACAACGAAUAAAUUUGUCAAGUUUACGAACUCAGAUUAUGAGAAAGAUGCUGGUCAAUCAACGGUACCAUUUAUUGAUGCUCAACCUGUAGAAUCAGCAAACCCGGUGCCGCUCUCAGGAGUUGGCAUUUUUCAUAAGGGAAGACCUAAGUUUGGUGGGUUUAUCGCCCCUAGAAUUUUUACCUACAACUUUACGAAGCAUUUAGAACCUGGUUUUUCGCAGCUUAAAACAAACGAUUAGUUCAUUUCAGAUCAUCCUCAACCCAGGCUGAAAUUUUCAAGUUAUUUAAUCGUUUUUGUAAAUUUUAGUAUCUAUGUGGCGAUCAUUUUUAAAGCAGCUUAUUUCGAGUGUAUGUAUACGUUAGAUUACAAUUGCUCUGUAAAUACUUGACAAGAUUAAAAAACUUAGAUUGCAACCAGUAA